GCAACGCUCAGUCACAUUCCCUGCUACGAAUGAAAAUUGCAGUUUUAUUUUUCACCCAAUUAAUUCUAAAUUAAACUUAAUUUACAAUGAGUAUCACUGUCGAUCCACGCCGCAAGGAGAAAAUCGUUCGCUAUAAAGCGCCCAAAAAUCAAGGACAGAGCGGUGGCGCUAAUGAGGACAUGAUGCCCGAUUAUAUGAAUAUUCUGGGCAUGAUUUUCUCCAUGUGUGGCCUGAUGAUGAAGCUGAAAUGGUGUGCCUGGUUUGCACUUUACUGCUCUUGCAUUAGCUUUUCUAGUUCACGGGCAAGUGACGAUGCCAAACAGGUGCUUUCCUCGUUCAUGUUGAGCGUAAGUGCUGUGGUCAUGUCCUAUCUGCAGAAUCCAGCUGCAAUGACGCCGCCAUGGGCUUCUUAACCAAAGAAAUAUUGAUUUUUGUAUACUAGCUGAAUGAGUGGAACUUUUUAUUAUUGAAUUAAAAAGAAUGACAGUUUUGCGUGGA